UUGUUGUCUAGGCAGCAGAUAGGAACACAUACAGGGAAUUAAGCUUCUAGCCAAAGUAUCUUGCAGCCAUGAAGAUCGAGCGCGAUUUCCACAUGAUGAAAGGGGACGAUGAGUUCAGUUAUGCUGAGAAUUCAAGGAUGCAAAAAAGAGCUGUUCUUGCUGCCAAACCAAUAGUUGAGAAAGCUGUACGGGAAGUGUGCAUAGAUCUUCAUCCUCAAUUAAUGGUCAUUGCUGACCUUGGUUGCUCCUUCGGAGCAAACACACUUCUCUUCGUCUCUGAGGCGAUCACCACAAUAUGUGAGGACCAUAACAACACUAUCAAGGAGAGCCCCAUGGAGAUCCAGUUCUUCCUCAAUGAUCUACCUGGCAAUGACUUCAACCACAUCUUCCAAUCACUAGAGCAGUUCGAGCAGUCGACAAUACAUGAUUGCGCUUGCAAAGGGUUACAACCUCCCGCGCACUUUGUCGCAGGUCUGCCGGGUUCCUUCUACAGUAGACUCUUCCCUUCCAAUAGCGUCCAUCUCUUCCAUUCCUCAAUGAGCAUCAUGUGGCUCUCUCAGGUUCCUGAGCAUCUUGAUGGCAGCAUGAACGAGGGGAACAUUCACAUAGGAGCGACUACACCACCAUCGGUGGCAAAGCUCUACCAAAAUCAGUUUGAGAAGGACUUCUCACAGUUCCUCCAAAUGAGAUGCAUGGAGAUUGUGCCCGGAGGCCGGAUGGUCCUGACGGUUGCUGGGAGGAAGAACAAAGAUGUGUUCCAUGCAGGAGGGACAACCACCUUAUUCGAGUUGCUGUCACAGGGGCUACGCACUCUUGUUGCUGAGGGUCGUGUUGCCAAGGAGAAGCUGGACUCUUUCAACAUACCAUUCUACUGCCCUUCAGCUGACGAGCUGAAGCAGCUGGUGCAGCAGUGCGAGCUACUUGACAUAAGUGACAUCCAACUCUUAGAGAUAGAUGGGAACGCCAUGGAUGACUCAGAGCAAGCAGAGGGCAUUUCAGCCACUCACACUGCGGGAGAGAGCAUGUCUGCAAGCCUAAGGGCGGCAAUGGAGUCCCUGAUUGCGAGCCAUUUUGGGGAGGGCAUACUUGAGGAGCUCUUCACGGUGUUUGCACGUAAUUUCACAAGUUAUAUUGAGAGUGAUGUUGAGAAGAGCGGCGUCACGGUCAUCACACUGUACUUGCAGGCAAAACACUAGCUAGCUAAUGGAACUAUACGAUUGUUGAUGCGAAAACACGAGGCUUGGGAGAUCUGCUUAACUCCAGUGCAGGUCCAAAAGCUUGCCUUUAGGUUCGUGAGUGUGCAGCUGAUUUGAUCCUGCAAUCAACAAGAAAUAAAGACAAAGAAA